GCUGAUUUGCUGAGGGCCUGAGGGGACCGCACCUGCCGACCCAGAUCGACUCGAGCUUCAUCGGGGGAGCCAGGGGCUGUGCGAUCGAAGGCCUGGUGACUGCAUACGAUGGUGCUCAACGUACGUCAGCGCCAAGCAGACGCCGUGGUGCGCAUGCUGCACUUCAACGCGCCGCCCGCCGCCGUCAAGCCGUCUGCGGCGGGCGACGAGGACGUGUACAAGGUGCUGGUGCUGGACCGCUGGACCAAGGACAUCCUGGCGCCGCUGCUGCACGUCAACGAGCUGCGCAAGCACGGCGUCACGCUGCACCUCAUGCUGGACACCGAGCGGCAGCCCAUCCCCGACGUCCCCGCCGUCUACUUUGUGCAGCCCAGCGAGGCCUCGGUGGCUCGCAUCGUGGAGGACGUGCAGCGCGGGCUGUACGACGCCUUCCACCUCAACUUCUCCACCCACAUACCGCGCCCGCUCAUGGAGAAGCUGGCGGCGGGGGUGGUGGCAGGCAACGCCGCCGCCCGCGUGGCGCGCGUGUACGACCAGCACAACCGCUUCCUCACCCUCGAGCCCUCCCUCUUCACCCUGGGCCUGCCAGACACCUACCUGCAGCUCAACGACCCCGCCGCGCAGGACAGCCAGAUCGAGGCGGCGGUGUCUGCGGUGGUGGACGGCCUGUUCUGCGUGCUGGCCACGCUGGGCGUGGUGCCCAUCAUGCGCUGCCCCAAGGGAGGCGCCGCCGAGCACGUGGCGGCGGCCCUGGACGCCAAGCUGCGAGACGCGCUGGCGGGGCGCACCUCGCUCUUCUCCGAGGCCGGCGCGGGGCUGGCCGCCUCGCUGCACCGCCCGCUGCUCUGCCUGUUCGACCGCAACUUUGAGCUGAGCGUGGUGCUGCAGCACGCGUGGACGUACAAGCCGCUGGUCCACGACGUGCUGUCCAUGCAUCUCAACCGCGUGACGCUGCACGACGCGCCCGCGCCUGGGCAGCCCGGCAGCGGCAAGAAGAACUACGAGGUGGACGACGCCGACUUCUUCUGGAGCGGUCACGGCAAGGAGCAGUUCCCAAUGAUUGCGGAGCAGGUGGAGGCGGAGCUGAGCAAGUACAAGCAGGCGAUCGAGGAGCUGAACCGCAAGACUGGCAGCCACAUCGACCCGCUGGCGGACCCAAACGACAUCAUGAAGAACAACACCCGCAGCCUCAUGUCGGCGGUCAGCAGCCUGCCGGAGCUGACGGAGAGGAAGCGCGUGAUCGACAAGCACACCAACCUGGCCACCGCGCUGCUGGGCGCCAUCAAGUCGCGCCAGCUGGACGCCUUCUAUGCUCUGGAGGAGGAAUGCAUCGCUGGCAAGGCUGACGUGGCGGCGGUGGCGCGCCAGAUGGGCAGCCCCGCAGGCACCCCCACCGACAAGCUGCGCCUGGCGCUGGUGUGGCUGCUGACGUGCGAGGCGGUCCCCACCGAGGCCGAGUGCCAGCAGGUGGAGGGCCUGCUGGCUGGGUGCGGCGCCGACAUGGCGGCCUGGUCCUACGUCAAGCGCAUGCGCCGCCUCAACCUCACCGGCAAGCAGCAGCCCGGCAGCGCCUCUGUGGCCGACGGCCUGUCCGGCUUUGGCGGCGCGGCGCAGAGCCAGCUGACCAACCUGCUGGGCACCACCUUUGGCCAGGGGCUCAGCUCGCUGACCAAGGGCGUCAAGAACUUGCUAGCGGGGGAGCAGCAGGCUGCCGUGACUGUGGCUGUGGAGGCGCUGAUGGAUGGCAAGCCCAACCCAGACACAGACGCCUACGCCACCUUUGACCCCAAGCUGCCUGCGGGUCGUGCGCAGCGCCCCGCGGGCCCCUUUAAGGAGGCGCUGGUGUUCAUGGUGGGGGGUGGCAACUACCUGGAGUAUGAGAGCCUGAGCUGCUGGGCCAGCCGCUCGCAGCCUGCGGCCAAGCACAUUGUGUACGGGGCCACAGACUUGAUGGCUGGGGAGGCCUUCCUGGGCACGCUGUCCACGCUGGGAUACAAGAGCGGCGCGGCGCCCGCGCCGCAGUAGCGCCGCAGGAGCUCCUCCCUGACCUGCUCACCCCGCCGCCUGGCUGGCCUCUUUCGCUCGCUCGCCUCCCUUGCUCCUCGCUGCCCUUGCCCUUGCCUGCUCCGCUGACCUCUGAUCUCCCGUUGACAACUGAUUAUCCCUCUCACACAGCACACGCAACCGCACUUGGAUCCUGUGACACCGGCACCCUCCUGCCCCCUCUC